AUGUUUGUCAGAUUACACAGUCAACUCCGCUGUUGCCUAGUCGUUGUUUUAAUCUUUUUGACCUUACAAUUUGCAGUUAUUAUAUUCCAGCAGCGUCAUAGAGUCUUUAAUGAAUCCGCGGCCGCUGGAUUGUUUUUUCAUCAAGAGCAGUUGAACUUGUGCAAUAAAUUUAUUGAGCGUACGCCCGAUCGACCCGAUUCAUUCUUCCAAUACAAUCGUCAGCUGAGUGACAAAAUUAAUGCAGUGCGUGAGCUACCAAUAACGCGUCAUGAGAGUUGUAACACUCGUAGAUAUUCACUGCCUCACUACUCGCGCGCCAAGUUGAGCGUUGUUAUAAGUUUCUAUAAUGAGGCACGUUCGAUGCUACUGCGCACGAUCUUAACGCUGAUCAACCGUACUUCAGAGGAUUAUCUACACGAGCUCAUCAUCAUAGACGACUGCAGUGAAGAUGUUGGUCUGCUGGACAAUCUAAAACAAUUAAUGCGAAAUUUAUUCACAACAAAAAGUCGACUCACUCUUAUCCUCAAACGCAACCAACAUCGCAAAGGUCUGAUUUGGUCGCGAAAUGAGGGCGUCCGUGUGGCCAGCGGCAAUUAUUUGUUAUUUCUCGAUAGUCACUGUGAGGUCAACAAAGGCUGGCUAGAACCCCUGCUGGAGAGGCUGGCACUGAAUUCAAGCCUUGCGGUGAGCCCGCUGCUUGAUCCCAUUGAACCAGAGACCUUCAGCUAUCGAACCGGUAAUGUGCUGUUAAAAGGCGGUUUCGAUUGGAGUCUGCAUUUCCAUUGGCUGCCCCGAGUUCUGGCUGAGCUGGAGUCACCGGAAAUGCAGUAUACCAGUCCUGCUUUUGCAGGUGGUAUUUUGAUGAUCUCACGCGAGUGGUUUCUUAAGCUGCGCGGCUUCAAUCCAGAACUGCAGAUUUGGGGCGGUGAGUCCAUUGAGCUAGCUAUUAAAUUGUGGCUUUGCGGUGGACAAAUUGAGAUCGUGCCCUGCAGUCGAAUUGGACAUCUUUUCCGCCCGCGUCAUGCCUUUGAGUUUCCUCCUCAAUUUGACCAGAAGCUGGACAGUGCUCAGGCGACAUACUUGCGCAACUCAAAAAUCAUAGCCGAGUCCUGGCUGGACGAGUACAAAUAUUUGUUCUAUGCUCUUAAGCCGGCAGCCAAGCAAAUUCCUUUGAAUAUCCACGAAGCUCAGCUAUACGACCCUAUCCUGAUAAAAGAUGGACAUCAGUGCCAUCGAUUUGAUUGGUAUUUGCGGCAUGUGAGCCCGGAACUAAAAUUGCAGCACUGGAGUUUCAGCGCAUUGGGUACUUUACGCAAUAAGGGUCGCUGUCUACAUGUGGAAAGUACUUUUCCCAAACUGGAGCUGUUGCUAACAAGUUGCUUCCGCUUGAAAGUUUCGCAGUGGCAUCUGCAUCCCGAAACUGGACAGCUGAGCACAGAGUCGAAGCGGUGUCUGGGUGUUCGGAAUAUGAAGUCACCAGAGCGGCCGCAGCUAAUGCUGGAACCUUGUGUGACUGGUCAGGUUCCCUCGCAGCGUUGGCAGCGACGUGACACACAGCUGCUACAUGCUGAGACGCAUCUUUGCCUAGAUAAUCCCCUCAAGAAUCAGCUAGAGCUGAGCAGCUGCCGGCCGCAUGCUGCUUCCCAAUCAUUUCAAUUUGCAUUGGAAGUGGGAGCACAAGCAUAAGCAUUUCAAGUCAUAGUCUUAAUUCAAUUGUGCCUCUAUGGGAAGUUUGGCCUGCUGGCAACAAAUCAAAAUUCUCACAUUCUGUGCUAAUCUCUCUGAAAUGUUUCCGUUUCUGCAGUCGCCAUGUUUAUUAGUAAACGAAGUAGUAAAUAAUAACAAUACACGGAUAAGAACGGUAUAGUGAAUGCCCUGACUGUUAUGGCCUCUAUUUUUUUAGUCUCCACGCUUUAUUGUCACGCGCGACAACAUACAACGGAGCUGCAGUAAGUCCAAACUGCCAAACUGUAAAUGCUAUUUUUGAUGGCAAAUAUACAAACAAUUUAUAUAGUGCUAGAUUUCUAUUUGUCCUACAAAUCGUAAUCUGUUUAUCUAAAAAUCACCUUACUCAUUCAAAGUAAAAAAAUAUAAUAAGCAAGGCAGUUAAUUACAUAAAUAUUAUU